AAAAUCUACACAGAGCAAAAUCUACACAGAUCAAUGAGUAUCCUGAGAAUGCUUGUGUGACAAACCUCAGCGGACUAUAUGACAAGACUUAGACUUGGAUGUAAUUUUUGAAAAUAACGCUUUGUGUGACGAAGAAGUUGCUGCUUAAUUCAGUUUCAUCUCAUGGCGACUCCAAAACGACGACAGAAAUUGCAAUUGCCAACCUCUUACUAUGAAGGCUAUCUUGAUGUUAGGUCUUCGAAAAACCAGGCAUCACGAAAACUGUGGACAUGCCUCUGUGGGGAUGCCCUAUUUUUCUUUAACAACAAUAAAGAAAACCAGUAUGUGGAGAAGCUGGAACUCAGCACCUUCAUCUCCAUCUUGGACGACUCUGUUCCAGACAAGAACCUGAACACCGCCGGGCUUGUUGUUCACACGAAGAACGAGGAUAUCAGACUGACGGCGCCUAGUCUGGAGUCGCGGGAGUUGUGGAAAGGCUUCAUCCUCAGUGUGAAAGAGCUUUCCGUGCCCAAGUCUCUGAACCUGCUACCAGGGCAGAGCCACAUGAUGAAGGAGGCCGUGGAUAAGGAGAAGGAGAGGCGGAAGGCGCAUACGUCCUCCACGCCCCCACCCGUUCCCACAAAGUACACGGCCGGUGCCUCGUCACCGCUCUACCUCCCAGUGGUGUCGGAAAUGCCGGCGUGUUUUGAGACGGUGUCGCGCACAGAGGCAGAGAUUCUUCUGGAAAGGAACCCAGAGAGAGGCAACCUACUACUGAGGCCGGGCAGAGACGGAACCUCUUUUGCCAUCACCACACGCCAAGACCUCAAUGGGUCUAUGUUCAAGCACUAUCGAGUUAGCCGGAAGUCGGGAGGUGGAUUUUACAUCGAUGUUGAGAACCCGAUUCACUGUGCGACGUUACAUGCCGUUGUCAGCUGCCUGGUGGAGAAGACGGCUGGAGCAUUACAGCCCUUUAUACUGGACGAGCCCUAUGAGGAGAAUAUCACGUUUGUCCAAGCCAAUCAGGAGAAUGGAGAGAAGAGUAUGCAAUCGGUUUCUCCUCAUCGUAAAUUCCCCUUCAUGCCAGAGCGUGAGCCGAGCCCAGAGGCGGACUUUGAGGAGAACAUCUACCUGAACCCAAGUGACGGGUUAGAGGAGGAGGAGGAGGAGGAGGAGGAGGAAGUUCUACCACCAAGAAGGGAGACUCUGCCACCUCAACCCCUGCCACGGCAACCCAUACCACCUCCGAAAACUAACCGUCCCCCGUUGGUUCAACAACAUACUCUGCCUGCUGAUUUGAAAAGCCUUUCAGGACCUGGGAGACCAGCUCUGAAACCCCCGAAACCCCUCCCAGUUGCUCCCCCCCGGGGAGUUAUAGGUGCAAGCACACCCAUCAUGAACAUGCAGAACUUAGCACUCACAUCAGAGCUUCAAAGGAAACUGGAGCAAAGGCGUGCCAAAGAAUCCUGACUUGCUGUAGUGGAUAGUGGAGAUUCUGGCUGAAGCGUCCUAGGGCCUGACCGAGGCUCACCUUAUUUUCACACAACUCUCUCGUCUCCCACACCACGCUCUCUCUCUCUCUCUUUGGAAGACCAGGGGUAGACGCAUAAUUGUGUUCCAGUUCCAGUGUUUGAAGCGAAAACCUAACAGUGGACAUUCCAAACCAUUGCAGUUUUAAUUUGUCAUGGGCCUUACACUGGAUGUAACACCACUGAGAUCAGAUGCCUUUGUGUCUGGUCAAGUGCCUCUCUUUUGUAACUCAGCUGGCUGAGUCAUCCCCUCUCUCUGGUGCAGAAGAUGAAUGCCUCGUCAUCUCUCUUCUCACACAACUAUGAAGUCAAUCAAAGUCUGUAGAUCAGCAUGUAAAUGUCACAAUGUCUUGUUUAUGGUGUUACGUUAUGGUUGCUGCUAUUGAUCAGAACUCCACCUUGAUUAAUUAUGGUCUUAGUAUUUUCAAUUAAGCUCAACAGAGCCAACUGUCUAACCUGUGUGUAUACUUUGUAUGGCUCAGUGUGUGGCUAGUUAGCUAUGUAUUUCUACUGUCCUUCAGAGGUGUAUACUGUAAUUCAGAGAUUGUAGGAAUAAAAACAUGUCAUCUUACUGACUUUAUUGAA